GACUCUCUCUCUGUCAUCCUCAGACUCUCUCUCUGUCAUCCUCAGACUCUCUGUCAUCCUCAGACUCUCUGAAGCACAGCGCUCAUAGCAGUAAUAUGGCAGCUCUUCUCUUCAUUGCAACAAUCUGCUUGGGCUACGCAGCAGCAUUCUCAGAGGUACCCGUGGACUGCUGUCUGUCAACCACUGACAUCCGUUUCCCUCGCCACUUUAAGAUGGUCUCCUACCUGCUGCAGACUACAGACAGAGGCUGUGACAUCGAUGCCACUGUGUUUAUCACCAAGACAGGGGCGAGACUGUGCUCGCCCCAUCCCGCAGAGAGCAAGUGGGUGGCUGACUACGUCAAACGUCUGGAGCGAACCACCUCCCUCCGGAGAGCUAACUCACCUCAGGAGUAAAUUAGCAGAGUAAGACCAGGAGAGGAGACGUGGAGGAGUGGAGGAGACAUUCAUUUCAACCUCUCUGGUGCCUGUGUCCCUCACAUGAUGACCACAGCAGAGUAAGACCAGGAGAGGAGACGUGGAGGAGUGGAGGAGACAUUCAUUUCAACCUCUCUGGUGCCUGUGUCCCUCACAUGAUGACCACAGCAGAGUAAGACCAGGAGAGGAGACGUGGAGGAGAGGAGGAGACAUUAAUUUCAACCUUUUUUAGCUGAAGAGUCGUCCUAGAUACUGUAGCAGACCAAAUCGUUUUUACAAAAUACUGUACAAGAAACCCUUGUGAAUAUUGCAUACUGUAAAUUCAUAUCAUAGCAAAACCAUUUCCCAUCAAUAUUUUUAGAGAUGUGUUAGAUUGGUUUUGUAAAAUGUUAUAUUCAAGUUGUACAAUUUGUUAAUAUGGUUUGGUGGGUGGAUUAGAGAAAAUGUUGACGUGAAUGUCAGCUGUCAUGAAAAUGUAUAUUUCAAAUGAAUAUUUCCAAUAAAAUAUAGUUUUCUGUAAAA